AUGCCCGCUAUCGUUCAACGCCCUGCUCCCACUUUCAAGGCUGAGGCCGUCACUGAGGGUCUCUUCAACGAGGUCUCUCUCCAGGACUACCAAGGAAAAUGGGUUGUUCUCUUCUUCUACCCUAUCGAAAUCCUUGCUUUCAAUGACGCUCUUCCCCAGUUCCAAGAAUUGAACACCGUUGUUCUCGGUGUCUCGACCGACUCCAAGUUCUCCCACUUCGCCUGGGCCACCCAGCCUCGCAAGGAAGGUGGUCUCGGCCCCGACCUCAAGCUCCCUCUCAUUGCCGACCGAAACAUGAAGAUCUCUCGCGACUAUGGUGUCCUCCUUGAGGACGAGGGUAUCGCCCUCCGUGGUUUGUUCAUCAUUGAUCCGAAGGGUAUCUUGAGGCAAAUCACUGUUAAUGAUCUUCCUGUCGGCCGCUCUGUCGACGAGACCAUCCGCCUCAUCAAGGCUUUCCAAUUCACUGAGAAGUACGGCGAAGUGUGCCCCGCCAACUGGACCGAAGGCUCCAAGACCAUCAAGACUGACCCUGUUGCUAAGUUGGAAUACUUUGGUGCUGCCAAUGGUGAAGUCAACGGUGAAGGCCCCAAGAAGCGCCCCCGCACCGAGUAAGCGCGCAAUUCACUGAUACCCUCCCCUUCGUCUCAGGUGCCCCCAAUCGUGCUUAAGACCCCUUUUUUACGCGAGCUUCAACCCCUGCUCUGAAUUCCUCUAUUUACCCCCACCUUUUUGGCAUUGGUUCCCCCCUGCAAAUACCACCCUGACAAUUCUAGAUGCGAGCUUAGAGUCUAGAUACGCAUUAUCGCAUAAUUCUGUUGUACUUAUUUUUGUAGUAUUCGCUUAUCGAAACGUUCAUAAUGCUU